UUCACAACUGGGAGGGUUUCAGCCAGGCCUCUCCAGGACACCAGCUUUCUCUCCCCAGCUCACUCCUCAGACAGGACCCCCCAGCUGUCCUCUAAAGCCUCCAGGAGCGACAGCUGAAGGGCUUGCGGGGGAGAGACAGGGGUCCAGAGCAGCAGGUCACACACUCAUCACAGGCGCCCGGGUCUGGUUCUCGGCUCUUCCCCUCCCCCACACCCCUAGAGUCUGCACUAUUUUGGGUAGUGUAGACCCCGCCCCCACCUCCACCCGAGCUCAGGCUCCGCGGGCAGUUGGAGGGGUCCCACUGCUCCUGUUGGGGCCACACCUCGACUCAAGGCCACCCAGUCAUCUGCAGCCAUGUCGGGCCGCUCUGUGCCACAUGCCCACCCGGCCACAGCCGAGUACGAAUUUGCCAACCCUAGCCGCCUGGGCGAGCAGCGCUUCGGGGAAGGCCUCCUGCCUGAAGAGAUCCUGACCCCCACCCUCUACCACGGCUACUAUGUCAGACCCCGGGUCACCCGGGCCGGGGACAGCAGCAGGGCCGGCGCCUCGGAGCUCAGGCUCAGUGAGGGCAAGUUCCAGGCCUUCCUGGAUGUGAGCCACUUUACCCCUGACGAGGUGACCGUGAGGACUGUGGACAACCUGCUGGAGGUGUCGGCCCGGCAUCCACAGCGCCUGGACCGCCACGGCUUCGUGUCCCGGGAGUUCUGCCGCACCUACGUGCUGCCUGCAGAUGUGGACCCCUGGCGGGUCCGCGCCGCGCUCUCCCACGACGGCAUCCUGAACCUGGAGGCGCCCCGGGGCGGCCGGCACCUGGACACUGAGAUCAACGAGGUCUACAUCUCCCUGCUCCCCGCUCCUCCGGACCCGGAGGAAGAGGCGGAGGCAGCCAGCACUGAUCCCUGAGCGCACACCCAGCACCCCAGAGAACCUCUUUCCUCUUCCCGCGGUGAUGAGACAGCUGCCCAACACCCCUGAGGUAGCAGCACCCUGAGAGCAGAGAGGCGUGCAUGACCCACAGUGUAUCGUUUGGUCCCUUGGGACGUGUUCUAGCUUUGGCUCAGUUUUGGGGGGUGGGGGCAUAGAAGCUGAAUAAACCCACAUCUGGUCCGGG